AUAUCAAAAACAUUAUUUUGGAUUCGCUAAGCCUGCGUAAAAGGCAACUGCAUCUGUUCCAGACUCUGCACUUCCCACCAAUCAGGUAACAUGUUAUGUUGAUCGGAAAAAAAUCAAAGUCAAAUUAAAAAAACUCAAGUGAAAGGUUUCAUCUUAACACAAAGGUUAGAGUUUAAAGCAGUCCUAAGCGAAAAAUCAACUCCGAGAGAUAAGGUAACAAAGGAUGGCUUUUGUGCCAAUUUAAGAAGUUUUAAUUCAUCUGCAAACUACGUACAUGAAAAUUUGAACAUGGAAUUCGUAAAGUAUGAAACCGCCUCCCGUAAGUCGUCCAAGAAGAAACGACGGAAACUAUGUUUGAUCAUAAUUUUCGUCUUGCUGGGAAUUCUCUGCUUGUGUUGCUUUUUCGCAGGAAUCGCGCUUAUUGCAGAGGCGAGAAGAAACCGUAACACUGAUGAGAGUGAGCCGUCCAAGCAAAGCGACUGCGAUUAUUCGCAGGAGGCAAAGCAAGCUGGUCUCGAUGAUUUAUUUCAGAAAGCACAAAAUAAGUACUUUGAAUUAUACCCCAACAAGAUUACAGGAAAGCCUAACGUUUCGCCGGAGGAAGUCAAGAAGAGGUACCGCUCGUACGAUCCAACUCCUGCCAGCAUAAAACUAAUUGCCGAUGAAGCAGCAAAGAUUGCAGACGAAAUCGAGAAGAUGCCGAUUAGUAUGGAUAAGCUCACUCUGAGAGAGAAACGAGGCGUGGCGCAAUUAUUGCAUUGGGCAAAACAUGCAUUCCCUUUCAUGGUGCCGUACGGAUAUGACUAUUACGUUGGAGAUUGGAUGAUGGGACCAGAUAUAUUCUGCUGGUUCCCUAUCUGCAUGGUUCCUUCCGAGGUUGGAGCUGCUUUUAAACAUUUCAAACCCUCCACUGUAAGCGAUGUGGAGUUACUAAGAGACAGAUUCGAGGAACUGGAGAAUACUUUCAAUCAAUUUGUGGAAAACAUGAGGUUAGGAGUGGAUGCUGGAAUGGUUCGCACGAUCGAGGAAUGCAAGGCUGGGUUGGAUGGCUUGAAAGGCAGCUACAAAGAUGUGGCUUUGAAAGGGCCCUCAGGAAUUUACGAAGCGUCGUUCAUAAAGCCGGUCCUUGCCGCAGAUUUUAUCAAGAACAUGACAAAUGAUGAAAAGCAAAAGUGGAAAGAUAAACAUGGCAAAUCAGUGGGUGAUUCACUUCGUGAAUACGCUCUGGAGUAUGUUGGAAAGCCCAUAGAUAACAUGUUAAAAUUUAUAGAAACAUAUCAAAUACCACAUUGUGCACCAGACAGUGUUUCUUAUGGCCUUGGAAGUUUACCACUUCUUAACGUUUAUGAAAACGGAGUUCGUACGAGUAAAGAGACAACGCAGAAGCUGCCAAGUGGAGAGAAGCUCAAUGGAAGAAACUCCUACAUCAAGUUACUGGCUCAUUUUACCACCAACUCACAAACUCCGGAUGAAAUUUAUACACUUGGGGAAAAGAUGCGAGAUGAACUUUACAAUGAGCUUUUAGAGGUAGCCAAGAAAAUCACCAAAACUACUGACGAAGAACAAGCAAAGAUUACAUUUAAACGGCUAAUUGAUGAGUCCAGUCAGUAUUACAACGAUGGUGACAUCCCAGCAAACGAGUCUGAUGCAAAUGCACACAAAGUAUGCAGCAGUGUUCAAGAUGCAAAGAAAUACUGCCCCAAACGUUUUGCUGCCAUGACCAAAUGGUUUUCCCACGCUAAAGAAAUUAUGGCAACUUUAGAUUAUGAGACAGCAGACCUGUUUUAUUUUACCGGCCCUUACCAUUCCACUCCAAACUGUCCCAUCAAACUUGACAUCGAUUUCAAUCCAUCCAGUGGUGUACCAUUUUACCAAAGCUCUGACAAAAAUUGCUCCAGGACUGCCAGUUACAACAUUCCGUUCUUUCUUGGGAGGCCUGGGCCCAGAUAUGAAGCAGUCACACUGGCAGCACACGAAGCGAGGCCUGGGCACCAUACCCAAGUGCAAGGUUAUAUCGAACAGUUUUCGGACUCGUGCAAAGGACCUAUUGGCUGGAUUGCUGACAGUACUCUGUAUCUCACCUUCUCAGAGGGCUGGGCACUUUACACAGAGAAUCCACUGAUUCCCCAACAUACUACAGCGUAUGAUAGUGAUCCAAUUAGCAAGUAUGGCAUGUUAAAAUGGCAGAUCUGGCGAGCAUUACGCCUGAUGAUGGACACGGGACUUCACGCUAAGGGACGGAAUCGAGCCUGGGCGCUGAAAUUGUUUGCAGACUACGCCUGGGACACCAGUGAUAUAGCCGUGAAGGAAGUAACACGCUACCAAAGCAUUCCGGGACAAGCCGUCACCUACAUGAUAGGACAACUCGCGAUCAUGAAAUUCCGAGACAAAGCUAACAGUACGCUGAAUGAGAAGUUCAACAUUAAGGACUUUCACUACCAG